AUAACUUUUAGUGCUUUAUAUCGCAACGAGUGCUCUUAAUACGGUGUCAGUGUUUAGCCUCGUGCAUUACGACGCGCCGGGAUGUAAUAGUUAGCAGACAAGAUAGUUAGCGGGUGUCGAACGCACUGCGCUUAUCGGUACAAGACGGCCAGACCUGGUGAGGCGCCCUUCAGAGGGACAGACGACCGCUCACAAAAUGAAACGAGAUGACACCGCUCAUGGAAAGAUUGCUUAUCGUAUUGGCCAAACCGAGCCCUGUUGUUCUCCUUAAACGUGAAUUUAUGUUUUUAAUUCUUUACAAAAAUCGCGAAAACUGACCUUUGGCGCCCUAGGCGGCCAAAAAAAAAAAGAAAAUGAAGAUGCAUAAGUGACAUAUCACGCAACCUUGUAAUCUAUAGUUUACGCAGUUUCUGGUCUUUAUGUUACUAUAGAAAUGAAGAGCAGUUUUUCUAGUAUGAGCAUUUCUUUUCCUAACUUGUAAUAUGCAGAUAAGCCUUUUGUAGUGGGUAGAAAAAUCGCACUGACUGCGCCUUCGUCUUCUAUGAAUUGUUUUCACUCGGCUAUCGACAGAAUUAUGACGGUCGGGGGCCCGUCAGCCAGUCAUGACGUAAGCCUUUACUUUAGGAAAACGCAGUACAAGAAAGGUCUGAGCAACAACCCAAACUUAUUGUACCCGAUCAGUAUUUUCAAAAGUGAUCAAAAAGUCCAAAUAUAGGUGGAUAACCACAGUUGCACUCGCUCCUCUGAAAGCAGAACGAUGGGCGGCAUUUACAAUUUGCAAAGCGGGCUAACGGCAUCGCUCCAACUUCCUCAGCGUCGCUGGAGGACGACCUCUUUUCUUUUUUUUUUUUUUUAGCGGCUGCUCAGAUCGAAAAAUUCUGCUUGCAACAUAUCCCCACGUUUCUAUAUACUAACAGGGGUGAGCGUCUCACUGGGCCAUAAAAAAAAACUGGGUCCUUAAUAAUCGGUCGUUAGUCCCUUUAAAUGAACCGAUAGCGGAAGAAGCGAAAGGGCGUACGGAAUAACCCGAUAAAUAUAUAGUUAUUCACAACGACUAAAGAGAGGUAAUUUCUUCCACCCUUUCAAAGGUCAGCGUCACACGCUCUCACGGCCAAAGUAAAUUACCGCUCGGUAUAGGGUAUAGGUACGAACCGAGAAUGCUUUGCCAGGUCGUCUUCUCACGGCGCGCUUUCACGUUGCAGGCAGACCGCGACUGAGGAGUCUGCGAAGAAGCUGCCAAGGCGCUCUCACCCGCUGUCGCGCUUUCUCGAAAAGGAAGGAGGCGUCACACCCGCGAUGGCAUCACGGCAGGCCUCAAAACGGGCACCACGGCAGGAAUCGCGGCCGACGUCACCGCCAGCAAAACCGGCGGUACCACGGCCGGCACCACCGCCGGUACCACCGUCGGUUCCACGGCCGGCACCACCGCUGGCACCACUACCUGCUCCGGCACCGGCAGCAGGACCCGGAAGAGCGCAGACGCGGCAGCCCACGGUGUUCGCGCCGACAGCCGGAGUGCCUACGGCCGGACCCAUGGCCGGACCCAUGGCCGGACCCAUGGCAGGACCAAUGGCCGGACCCGUGGCCGGACCCGUGGCCGGACCCGUGGCCGGACCCGUGGGCGGACCUGUGGCCGGACCUGUGGCCGGACCUGUGGCCCGAAUGCCUAUGGCGGGAAAGCCGGUCGCUGGCGGUCGGAUGAAGGCGCGUCGCGGACCCUUCAUUCAAAUGCCGACGCCGGGAUUGGCGCCGCCGGAAGUGCCGCAGUACCGGGACUGCCCCGCGGGUCUGGAAUACCUGGCCCAGGUCGACCAUCUGCUUGUCCACAAGCAGGUGGCCUUGCUGGAAAGUUUCCUGCCGUGGGAGAUGGGGAACAAGUACGUCGUGAAGAACAGCAUGAGCCAGUUCGUCUUCGUGGCGGCAGAGCACAGCGACAUCGUCUUUCGCCAAUACACCCCAGACCGGUCCUUCCUGAUGUCGCUGGUCGACUACCGCAAAGUCGUAGUGAUGCGGCUUUUCCGGCCAGCUCGCUGCGACUGCUGCCUCUGCUUUUGCUGCCUCCAGGUCGACGGUGAAGAACAGCCUCGUUGUCAGUCCUCGCUCAGACUAGAAAACCUGGACUGA